AUGGAGUGGCCAUUUGUUGAGCGAAUGCUGUUGGGUUUGGAUUUUGAUGUAAGAUGGGUCAAGCUGAUUAUGUUAUGUGUUCAGACUAUCAGAUAUAGGGUUCUUAUGGAUGGAAAGCCAAGUGAAGUGAUUAAUCCUACAAGGGGCCUAAGGCAGGGCGAUCCUUUGUCACCCUACUUAUUUAUCAUUUAUGCGGAGGGUUUGUCACUAUCAUUGCAAGAUGCCCAGGAGACUAUGGAAAUAAACCGUUGCUUGGAGGUUUAUGAACAGCUUUCGGGGCAAUUUGUCAACUUUCAUAAGUCUUGUAUCUCUUUUAGCCGCAACACUGUUGUGGGAGUUAAAGAAGCCAUCGCUUUGGCUUUGGGUGUCGAUCAAGCUGAAGAUUUUGGAAAAUAUUUGGGCUUUCCCUUCGUUAUUGGCAAGAACAGGAAAUUGGUUUUCUCCUAUGUGGAACAUAAGUUAAGGUAA